GGGAUUGCCGAGGGUCUCAAGUGGCUGUCGUGGUGGCCUGCGUAACAGUGGACCUCGAGGCUGUCUUCGCGAGGGAGGCAGGACUCCACGGAUACAUCUGCGAUGUCAGUGGCACUCCUGCAAGUACUGCGAGUCCCUUGAUACCCACUAGUGAGGUCCCGCCAUCCUCAGUGGCAGCGGGUGCCUUUCUCAAAGGCGCGAAGCCUACGAUCUCCGACGUUGACGUCGCUGUCCCGGAGCAACGUUUGCAGUCCGACGUGCACUGAGUUUCGAGCCGGUUCCCCCAAGGCGUGUCCGCUGCAACUUGCCGUCGUUCUCGCAGUGAGGGGGUUCCCGUCGUUCAACCAGUGUGCCGGCGAUCUGUACGAAACGGAACGGAGGGGAAUUCAUCAUUCCCAAAAUCAAAAUGGGUCACGACUGUCCAGUGUGCGGUAAAAAAAAUAAGUCCGUGUCAAAGCUGACGGUACAUCUCCGGACCCACACGGGACAGAAGCCUUUUGAGUGCACGGUUUGCAACAAGAGGUUCAGCCAACGUGGCCACCUAAAAACGCACCUCCAGAUCCAUACAGGAGAGAAGCUCUUUGAGUGCAUGGUUUGCAACAAGAAGUUCGCCGAAGGUGGCCACCUGAGAAAGCAUCUACGGACCCACACAGGAGAGAAACCAUUUGAGUGCACAGUUUGCAACAAGAAGUUCGCCGAAGGUGGCCACCUCAGAAUGCACCUACGGACUCACACAGGAGAGAAACGAUUUGAAUGUACGGUUUGUAACAAGAAAUUUAUUCAGAACAGCGAUCUUCAAAGACACCUCCGGACCCACACAGGCGAGAAGUUUUUUGAGUGCACGAUUUGCAACAAGAAGUUCAGCCGGGGCGAAAACCUCAGAGUGCACCUUCGGACUCACACAGGAGAGAAGACAUUUGAGUGCACGGUCUGCAACCAGAAGUUCAUCCAUGGUGGCAACCUCAGAGUGCACCUCCGAACCCACACAGGCGACCAGCCCUUUGAGUGCACGGUAUGCAACAAGAAGUUUAGCCAAAGUACACACCUCACAAGACACCUCCGAACCCACACAGGUGACCAGCCCUUUGAGUGCACGGUAUGCAACAAGAAGUUUAGCCAAAGUGGACACCUCACAACACACCUCCGAACCCACACAGACGACAAGCCUUUUGAGUGCACUGUUUGCAACAAGAAGUUUAACCAUGGUGGGCAGCUCAGAACGCAUCUGAGGACCCACACAGGAGACAAGCCCUUCGAGUGCAUGGUUUGCAGCAAGAUGUUCAGGCAAAGCUCUCAUCUGAGAACGCAUUCGCGAACCCACAUGAGAAAGGCUUUGAAUGUCGAGUUUGCAGAUGGAAUAAGAGAGCAGUCUCACUAGUCUCAACUGCGCAUUCUCUUUGAGGAAUAAGAUACUUUUCCGUUACGUUGCAGAUAAUUGUAACCGAAUGAAUGUUGGUUGUGUGUGUUGGAUAGAUUCUCGGGGAAAUCUUCUGUUAGCGGAAGUGUUGUAUGGAGGUCUGCUUUCGGCUGUUGACUUCAGGGCAAAGUAGCUCUUAGACCCAUUUUAGAAUAUUAUAUUGUUUCCUGGAAUUUGAUGAUAGCAUUCCCUCUCUGACAUUAGACUCGAAUAUGUGUCCUUAGCACGCUUCUGUUGAUCCUUUGAAAAUAGAAUUGAUUCAACUUUGUUAACAAUAUAUCAGUGUAGUAUCAGUUUCACUUAGUUCCACGUUUCAUGAUAUAUUACUUGCCUUCAAAGUGAGUAGAGACUUCAAAAGCCGCUUGUACUGUUUUGACCGCUCUAUUGAAUAAAAAAGUUAUCAAUUAUUGA